GACCUUGAAGAUAAACAAUCAACAAAUAACAAACUAGAAUCGGGUGUUAUUAAAAUGUAAUUAUUAGUUUAAAUCAGUAAAACCCAUCCUAACGACACCGUUUUAAAUUUAUUUAGUAGAUGUACGAAUCACUUCUAGCGUACGGAGUCGGCAAUGGAGUCAGUAAUGUAAUACAUAAGUUUUGUUUGUUUUGUAAAUUUUUCUUCCUACAGUUCCCUCCAAACCUUACCAAUGGAAGACUACAGACCGGCGUUAUCCACACCUUGCCAGCCUAAUCAGGAACCUGCAAACGUCGAACAGCCUGUCUAUGCGCAACUAAUGCCAGCGGCCGUGAUGGCUGUAGAAGCAUAUUCGUAUGAGCAUCCUAGUGAAGUGGGACCUGUGCCUAAUUUAGUCACAGCGGUGCCGGUCAUCGAAACUACACACACAACGGCCAUAUGUGCCCUUGAUUCGGGACCAAUUUCAGCUAGCGAAACUCCGUAUCCCCUGGACAACAACCCACCAUCACAGCAAACUCACUCAUCACCGUCUGCCAGUAAUGGGCCAAGCACGGAUUUGUCAGCAGAUGUUCAGCCAUCCACACAAGCUUUGUAUUCUGUUGCCGAAACAACUGCAUGCAAUGGCGUGUCAUUACCCGCUGAUGGUAGUCGCAUCGAUGCAACAACUAUGAUGGAGUCCAGUGUAACAGAACCAUCUUCAUUUAUAUCGGACUCCACUUCCGGCCUUCACAAUCCUGUCAUGGAUGUGUCUAAUGAUAGACGACCAACGAAGGCAACCGAUGGGAAUAGUCCUUCCGAACCUUCCAAAAGCAGCGGCACGUUAGAUAAUGAAACAAUAUCAAAAAAUCGUACUGAAAAUGAUGGAGAUAGCGCAAUGAAGGUUCAGGAAGCAAACAACGAAAAACUGCAAUGUGAAUCAAACGAUGGGCCUACACAACAACAAGAACAGCCGACGAUUGAAACGCAUUCCACACCUACCGCAGACGAAGAAGAACUGGUUGAAUCCCACCACGACGAGGAUGAAAACAGUAGCGACUCUGUGAUAUCGGAUGAAGACACUGAAAAUUCACCUAAUGUUUCAUCGCUGUUCAAGAAUGUCGUACUAGUACAGGCACACACCUUAGCAGCGGAGGAAACCGAUCCGGAAGAACCCGUAACAUCGCCGGCAGCAUUGGACGAAACAGAAGUGGACACGGAUCCAAUCGUUACUAGCUCGGUGGAAGAUAUUGGUCGGGAAGAGGAAUCGGAAGCAGACGAAAUGGUACUUCCAGCUGGAUUGUUUAUAGACGAGACGGAAGAUGUUCCGAAUGGCGAAGUGAUGGAGGGUGUGGCUGUUGGUCAGAUGGGUCAAAUCGUUGCCCUAGAUGCUCCUAUCAUUGAUUCAAACGACGAGUACGAUCCACACAAUGGAAUUGACAAUGGUAAUGAUGGAAAGGAUACAUCUUGUAACGCUAAUGCAACAACCGCAAGCACGAAAACGUCCGAUAAUAUGGACACUUUUUCUCUUUCUUCAGAUGGGGAAGGUUCUAGAGGACGAUCAAUCAAACAGCAUACGUCACAAAAGUGCCAAAUGCGAAAACGUAAUCGAAUUGCAAUUGCGGAAAAAGGUAGAUUAAAUGACGAGGAAAAGAAAUCGAAAAGGUACAAAGAGUACCACAAAACGAGCGAUGAUCCCUUCGGUUCCUGUUCAAACUCGUCGAGUGAAGAUGUGCCGAACGAUAUCUAUUUCGGCGCAUCCGAUCGCGUAUACACCGUCAGCACUAAACUACACUGGCAGCAUCAAAAGCAAAAGGGCAGAAAGCAUUAUUCGCGAGCAAAAGUCAGCACCGAUCGAGACGAUGAUGGGGUCGAGUCGAGUGACAACGAGGAAGAAGAGUGGGUCCGACGAAAGGCAAAAAAGGCGGAAGAAAUAGCACGCUUGAAACUUCCCGCCUAUCAGCAGCAGCAGUUGCAGCAAUUGGUGCUGAAGAAACAUCCAAAGCGUGACCGGUUUUACGACCGUUCGCAGGAUAUUCCGAAUGAUAUUUACUUUGGAAACGUUAAUGUUCCGUUACAUAUUCUUCAUGCUAGCAGCAGUAGCUCGUCGGACGAAGAACCGUGGCCUGAUAGGAGCGUGAAAUCCGCAUCAACUGUUGGUGCUUGCAGCAAGAAGUACCGUCAAUCGGAACACGUGCCCAAGAAAACGAAUUCUUCGUAUUCAAAAUCGUCCAACUAUCGCAUUUACAAAAACCCAUCACCGAGAGCGGAAGCAGCAUCCAACCAGGGAAGUAUACGAUCCGUGCACAGGAUGAAGGAAUAUUUAAAAAUGGCAGGAUUUCGGCACAUGCGCUACCAAAAGCUUUGGCAAGGCUGUGAAACCAACCAGGAUCGUGCGGAGGCAAUAUUACGCUUCCUCCAGGAGCACGGUCUCCAGGGUGAGCCAACGGAUGAAAAGUGUCGCGAGCUUCGCAAACAAAUCCAGCUUCAAAAGGAGGUGGAAGUUUUGGAUACGAGUGUGAUUAUUGGCAGCGGAGAAGGACGUGUAACAAGGCAAAGGGCAAAGAAAGUUUCGGAAUCUUCUACUACGGAACCGGUUGUAAGUAAUUUGCCGGAACAGCAUCUGCAAAGCAAGGAGGAGAAGGAGAUACAAACUCAACCUACAAACUGUGAAACAAUUGAGCAGGAAUCGCAAUGCGAGCAGCCUUCAUCAGAACAGCAACCACAGCAACAGGAGCAGGAAGAACAGGUUGCACAUGUUCCAUCGGAACAGUGCGAAGAACCUACAUUACCAAUAGGUGAAAACUUCAAUGGUUCAAAUACACCAUUAAACGGAUGAUUUUUUAUUUUCAUUUCCUCAAUCCAGAGGAAUAAUUCUAAACGUAUCCAUGUAUGUUAUUAUAUUUUAUUUUUUCAUUUAUUUUGAUAGUCACUUCAUACUAUAAUUAUAACGUACACUACUACAUAGUCAUUGGCAAAGCCAACACACAAAAUGGGUGAACUAGUUUCUCUUGUCACAAAGUAAGGCAGAAGGUGCAAUUUGUUUCGUGAUUUAUUUUGCCAUAAAAUAGCAUACAGUCACAUUGAUAACUGUAAGGUAAAUAAGCAAAAUUAACAUGUAUAUCAAUGCGUCAUACUAAUCAUUUAUCUGCAAAAAUGCCUUUGAAGAUCAAAACAUCAUUUAGAUUCACUCUAUGUGGAACAUAUUGUAAAGAAACUGAAUAAUAAACUAUGAAAUUUUUUAUCCACAACAAUUUGGAAGAAAAUAAAUUAAAUUUUAACAAAUUACUCUAAGAAAA